AUGCGACCCUUUGUCAUCAAUUCGACCGUCAAAAGGUCGUCUCAGAUUCUAAUUGACGUUAAACUAGGCUGGUUAGAAUACGAUUAUCAUCCGUCUGUUUCUUCGUUCUUCUUGUUUUUUUCUCGCCUUCACUUUUCUUAUCUCCUUAUCAAUACCUCAAUUUCAGGCGGUGUCUUUGUCAUCGCAGAAUGAGUAUACUCAGUGAGAUACUCAGCACAGGGCAUGUGGACGAAGAGUUGCUGGCGGCGUUGGACGAUGAUCAGAAGCAAUUGUUGUUCUGUCAAAUGCGAACAGAGCAAGUGAGGAAAUGGGAAGCGGCCGAGACGGAAUACGAAAGGACACGGCCCCCAUAUCGACCGUCCAAAAAGAAAUCGUUGCGAUGGUUGACAGGAACAGACGGAGAAGUCUGGGUCUGGGUGAUGGGCGACCAUGAACAGGUAGAGAUAAGGUUUCGAAGUUCUUGUACUUGAAUAAUUCGUGUUUAGGAUAAAACCAUCGAUGAGAUUCUCGAAGAAGAGAGCCGCGAAAAAGCGCACGCACUCGCUAUGCGUGAGCUGAGAGCAGGAGCUUCUGACUCGGACGAGGACGCCCUGAUGGCUCAAUUGGAACGAUUACAAGUCGGUGCAGGAAGUCAGGCACACGAAAACUAUGACAACCUGUAUCAGAGUGUUGCGCCCACAAAUCCGCCUCUUCUCCUUUUCCAACCUCCCUCGAGAGCAAAUCCACAGCAGCCUCAGCCGAACAUCGUCACUACGACCACAGUCUCCAGUUACUCGACGCCACAGCCACAGAAGGCCCAGCUGGUUCGCGGAGAGAAGCCGCCGUUGCUUCCGAAGCCAAAUACUGGAUACUAUUCAACUCCGAACUUCCCACCAAUUGAUUUCUCCGCUUCCACACAACAAGAGCCCACUACGAAUGGAUCCACGCAUCCGUGGGACACGGAUUCGUACAUGAUGAAUGGUAAGAUAUCCGUCAAGAAUGAUUCUGAUAUUGGCAAGUUGUUUAGGUGUCCGAAUGAGAGCUGUGAAGACGAAUGACAAUGAUCGGGUGGAAGAAAUGCAGAAACGAGAAUCGGAGAUUUUUCAAAGUCUUUUGGAAGAACGAGAAAGACUUAGAAGAGAAGCGGAACUCAUGGAAGACCGAGAGAAAAACCUCUGGGAGGAACAGGGUAAGUUCCGUUCCCCGCUCACAAUUCCCUGUUUUUGUGUUUUGCAGAACGAAAAGCUCGAGAAGCAGAGCACGCACAACGGGAACUGGCACAGAAGGCGCGGGAGAAACAUCAGCAGAUGAUACGGACGAGCACGAGUAUUCUGCCUGCGCUGAAGGAUCACAAAGCGGGCAGUUUGAGAGAAGCAAUGUGAGUGGUGAUCUCGCCGUUAUGCAUUUAUUUUUCUUUUCAGCAAAAAUCUACCGCGACCACCCAAACCAAAGUCUCGAGCAGCGAUCAUAGAAUGGUUCCAACGAGAUGAAUAUCCACGUGGCACAGGAUUGGAUCCGAAAACGAGGGGACCAGCGCCCUGGUUUCACGGCAUUAUCUCGAGGGAACAAUCGGAAGUUCUUCUCUCGAACAAGCCAACCGGAUCCUUUCUGGUCAGAGUAUCCGAGCGCAUCUGGGGGUGAGAAAUGCCGGAGAACCAUCUGGAAACGUCUGCUUUUCUUUUUCAGUUAUACAGUCUCUUACGCUGCCCGCGAUGGAAGCUUCAAACAUUUCUUAGUGGAAAAAAUUCCGGAAGGAUAUCAGUUUCUUGGAACAAAUCAAGUUGUUCACGAUCAACUUUUUGAUUUGGUUGCUUACCACGAGGUACUGAUAAUAUAUGCUGAAAUCUAAUUUUUUUAAAUGUUUUCAGACAGCUCCGAUCACUGCGAAAGGCGCAGAAAUUUUGAAAUGGGCGGUGGGACAGCCGACACGUCCGACAGACUACGCCGAGCUCAUUCCGGAGCAAACCUUCCAAUCGUACGGAACGUACUCUCGGAGCGUCGUCCGCACGAUCCCUACAACACUUCUGAGCGGUCCCAUUGGUCGAUUUUAA